AGAUUUGGCAAGCAGACAGAUUGCUUGAGAAGACGACCACAAGCUCGAGGCAAAUAUACCUGGCAGAGGAAAGCGGCUCACAGAUUUUGAAAACAGGGAAGACCCCAGGCAAACAGUUUCCAGUUCUUUUCACAUAAAAAUGCCAUCAACCGCUUUACCAUCGCAGUCCAUUGGUGCUCCGAUUCCAAACAACACGGCUCACGCCGUCUCCGUGACCCUACCUACAUGGGAAGCUACAGUCGGAUACGAAGAGGGAGAACCGUGGGUGGUGAACAAGAUGCAUUCGGGAUACCCCCGUUUUUUCAUCCAUAGUGACAUCCAGCAGUUGUGCAAGCUGAUUGAGUCAUCGUACGCCAGAGAUAACGAGAGAUGCUUUAUAUUUCCAACUUACAACAUCGCCAAACGUUGCAGAGCGUUUAUAAAGGAAAAGGCGGCCACCAUGAGCCCACCACUGCAUCCGGCAGUGAGAAUCCUCCAGCUCUCCACACCUGCACCGGCCAAUACACAGGAAGAGUCAUACAAGAUCGAAGCCAACAUAGCUAUAGUUUUCUUUCCUUCAAACCUCUUCUCGCUUGUGAAGCAGUACUGGCAGCAUACGGGGGAGGGGAUUUCCUCCAGACUGGGAGAGUACUUCUUGUCGGAGAUGAAAGACAAGCUAGCCGAAGAGAUCAACAACAAGGGGCCAUCAGCCAAGGACUCGAUUUCGUCCCGCUCGCCAAGAACUUCGAGAUCCUCGAGAUCCUCGAGAUCCUCAGUAUCGGUUAAUAACAGCAACAUUAGCAACAAACAAGAAAGUGCAACUUUCAUCGAGGAAAGAUUUGGCCGUAAUCUCGAUUUGAGAUAUGCCAAGGAGGCAAAGAAGAUUCUUCUUUCAAGACUUGCAUCCGAAUAUGAUCCAUCAUAUGUCGACGCCAGCAACACGUAUCUAUAUCCUUCCGGGAUGUCUGCUAUCUUCAACGCCCACCGGGCAGUUCUUGGCUGUGCCAGUGCAGAAGAUGCCCAGAAACUAAAGUCUGUAUGUUUUGGUUUCCCAUAUGUCGACACAUUGAACAUUUUGAGAAAAUGGGGAGCCGGCGUUCAUUUCUAUGGAUUUGGAGAUGAUGAGUCAUUAGACGACCUCGAGUUCCGUUUGGAGUCCGGGGAGAAGAUCCUUUCUUUAUUCUGCGAGUUCCCGUCGAAUCCAUUGUUGAAGACCCCGGAUAUAAUCCGUAUCAAAUACCUUAGUGAGAAGUUUGGUUUCUAUAUCGUUGUUGACGAUACUGUGGCCAAUUCCUCCAACGUCAACAUCAUUCCCUAUUGUGAUAUAGUGGUUUCUUCGUUGACGAAGAUCUUUUCAGGAGAUUCCAACGUCAUGGCCGGUUGUCUGGUACUCAACAAAAAGAGCAAAUUUUACAGCCAGUUGAAGAAGUUCAUGGACGAAGAUUACGAAGACUUUUUCUGGGACCAAGAUGCUAUCUACUUGGAGCGUAACUCAAGAGAUUUCCAAGGACGCUCGCAGAUCAUGAACAAAAACGCCGACGAAGUCUUGAAACUAUUCCAAUCAUCGCCGUUGAUUUCUCAUAUAUAUUAUCCUUCUGUUACAUCUCCAGAGAGCAAGAAGAACUACGAUGCUGUGAAGCGUGAAAACGGAGGUUACGGUGCGCUUAUUUCCAUCGUUUUCAAGGACCAAACAGACGCCGUCUGCUUUUUUAACACCAUCAAGCUCUCCAAGGGUCCUUCAUUGGGCACUAACUUUACCCUUGUGUGUCCGUACGCUAUCUUGGCACACUUUAAGGAGCUGGACGAGGUUGCCAAAUGGGGCGUGGAUCCUAAUCUCGUCAGACUGAGUAUCGGAAUGGAGAAGUCCUCGGAGUUGAUUGCUGCCUUGAAGGAGGCCUUAGAUGCCGCCCAAGAGCAGCAUCUUGUUUAAACAUAUAAGCCAUGUCUAGAGUUGUAUAAAGUACGUGUGCUAACUAACACAAACGCCUUUGCAUAGCCUUAUGUCCUCUUAAGUCAUAGAAUCUUCUUUACUAUAAAAAGGUGAGUAAAAUAAAUAAAUAGUUUAAUAAAUAAAUAAGUCGACAUGAAAAACCGUAACGCAGAAGAAAUGCAUGAGAUCGGAAAACAACUGUAGCUUUAUUUCAUUGUCCAAUACACGACAGUCCUGGUGUUCCACUCACUUAUUUCAAUUCAACUUCACCAUUAGCGAAUCUUGGGUUUCUUGGAUCGUUAAUGUAUUCUUCGGUGUCGGCAAGAGCAGAAGCAGCCUUAGAGAUUAAGACAGUGGUGAUACCGACUAGUGAUAGCAAAAGGCAGGAGGCAGAAGAUGGCGCGUGGUGUGCGUGUUGAUGUUCGAGUUAGU